AUGAUUGAUACCCUCAUCAAUGUUGCUUUUUGCGUGUCAAGCGUGAUAACGGUGUUGAUUUUAUUGCUCCCAUCACAGUAUCGGCCUCGUCCAGCUCCCACUUCCGAAGCGACUAAACGGCCGAAGACAAGUGUGCAGAUACUCGUGCUAGGAGACAUUGGUCGGAGUCCACGCAUGCAAUACCAUGCCUUGAGUAUUGCUAGAAAAGGUGGAGAGGUGAUGAUUAUUGGAUAUACCGAAUCCGAUCCUCAUCCCGACCUGAUCUCCCACCCAAACGUCUCCAUUAUCCCAAUUCGCCCUCACCCAAAGAUCCUUCAAACAAGUAAUAAACUUCUAUUCACCAUUUAUGGCCCCUUGAAGGUGCUAUUCCAGAUUGUGUGUAUUUGGCGCUGUCUAGCGUAUACUGCCCCGCCAUCGCAAUGGUUGCUGGUACAGAAUCCACCAUCAAUCCCAACGCUUGUCGUCGCUUCUCUAUCCUGCUUCCUACGACAAACGCGACUAGUCAUCGAUUGGCAUAAUUUUGGGUAUUCCAUUCUGGCUCUGAAACUCGGAUCUAAGCACCCACUCGUGAAGUUUUCUCUCUGGUACGAGAGACUUUUUUGUAAAUCGGCAUUUGCUCAUUUUUGCGUGACCAAUGCAAUGUGCUCAGUUCUUAAACGCGAUUUCCAGCUCCAGGCUCCCAUCCUGCCGCUGCACGAUCGCCCUGCAAGCCAUUUCAGCCCAAUCCGAGAUGCUGGUGAGCGCAUUGCUUUCCUUGCAAGUCUACCAGAGACGAUGGAUGUAUGUUCAUCGGUCGAAGCUAGCAAAUUACGGAUUCUGGUCAGCUCAACUUCCUGGACCGCCGAUGAGGACUUUUCAAUUCUCAUCGAAGCAUUACUGCAAUACUCGGAGCUCGCCGUCUCUAAUCCAGACCUACCCGAUAUCCUUGCAAUAAUUACUGGCAAAGGUCCGCAAAAAGAAAUGUAUCUGCAGAAAAUUGAAGCGUUUGAAGCCGCGGGUAAGCUGACAAGGGUCACGAUUCGUACUGCAUGGUUGAGCGUGUCAGAUUAUGCAAAACUCCUGGCCUCUGCAUCGCUAGGAGUGAGUCUACAUACCAGCAGUAGCGGAGUAGAUUUGCCGAUGAAAGUCGUCGACAUGUUCGGUGCUGGCCUCCCGGUCGUGGGCUGGAGUCGCUUCGAAGCAUGGCCUGAGCUGGUGACCGAGAGAAUGAAUGGGAUGGGAUUUGGCAGCGCAAUUGAGCUGACAGAACAACUUACCAAGCUGUUCGGCGAUGACAAAAAACUUGAGGCCCUUCGCAUUGGCGCGCAAAAGGAAAGCACUCGGCGGUGGGAUGAUGAAUGGAAUCCCAUUGCUGGCAAACUCCUUGGUUUAAACUAA